CUCUCUCCAGAGGCAUCUCCUAGUCCAAGGCUCUGCAAAAGAACAGCUCUGUUUUCUGGAUGCCUUCUUGAGCCUGCUUGUGGCCACCCACAGAGACUUGUACGGAGGAGAGGAAUCAGCCUGGCAGACACUCUGAAAUGAGGCAUUAGAGUCUGGGAUCCAAGGAGCAAGAUCCACAGUGAGAAGAAAGCACAAGCUCUGAAGAUACAUCUGCUGAGAGGUCUGCCAUGGUUUCUCUGGGCCUCCAACUUGUGGGCUACAUCCUUGGCCUUCUGGGACUGUUGGGCACAGUGAUUGCCAUGCUGCUCCCCACCUGGAGAACAAGUUCUUAUGUUGGUGCCAGCAUUGUGACAGCAGUCGGCUUCUCCAAGGGUCUCUGGAUGGAAUGUGCAACACACAGCACAGGUAUCACGCAGUGUGACAUCUACAGUACCCUUCUAGGCCUGCCUGCUGACAUCCAGGCUGCCCAAGCCCUAAUGGUGACUUCCAGUGCAAUCUCUUCACUGGCCUGCCUUAUUGCUGUGGUGGGCAUGAGAUGCACAGUCUUCUGCCAGGAAUCCCAAGCCAAAGACAGAGUGGCAGUAGUGGGUGGAGUCUUCUUCAUUCUUGGAGGCCUCCUGGGCUUCAUCCCUGUUGCCUGGAAUCUUCAUGGAAUCUUGCGUGACUUUUACUCACCACUGGUGCCUGACAGCAUGAAAUAUGAGAUUGGAGACGCUAUUUAUUUGGGCAUUAUUUCAUCUCUGUUUUCUCUGAUAGCUGGAAUUAUCCUCUGCUUUUCCUGCUCAUCUCAAGGAAGUCGUGCCAACUAUUAUGAUGGUUACCAGGCUCAGCCUCUUGCCACUAGGAGCUCUCCAAGGCCUGGUCAACCAUCCAAAGCCAAGAGUGAGUUCAACUCCUACAGCUUGACAGGGUAUGUGUGAAGAACCAGGGGCCAGAGCUGGGGGUGGGGGGCUGGGUCUGUGAGAACCAGUCGAUAGCACCUCCAGGCCAAGGGUGAGGGUCAUUGCCAUUGGAUUAUGUCAGAAGGUCCUGAUGAGGAGAGACUGGCUUUGGCCAUUGGAUCAAAUGAAGACAGAAGCAGGAGAUGGUGUGACAGCAUGCAGGUUGAACUUUCAAGGACACUUGCCAAACCACCUUUUCUGUUUCUCUCUGCUUGCCUCCAUAUCCCCAUUCCUUGAGUUUUCAACCUUAAAUUCCAACCAAUCCAUCCCUCUACCUUAGGCAGGCUACAGAGGCUCCCUCCUGUCCUUUGGUUUGCCUAGAAAUACUUUCCAAAACCCACUAAUCACAUCCUAUAGACUGACUGACUCUGGGACAAAGACUGCCCCUCUGGCUCAGGUUGGCUCAUAGCUCAUUUCUGGGGGGUAUGGAGAAAGAGUGGUGGUUUAUAUGAUAUGUCCCUAACCUUCUUCUCAAACUUCCCUCCAAAGAGGCUGAUUGGUCAGCAAUAGGCCUGAGAGUCUCUAUCUUACUCUUGCUAUGACUCCAAAUUAUCGAGACUGGUUGGUACAUGAACCAAAAGAAAGAUAUCUCAUAGUACUCAGAGAACAGAGUCUGGGUACAGCAUGGAUGGAAAGAAAGGAAGCCUGGGACCACAAAAGACCAAAACCUGUUCUGAAGGCACUUUCCAGGAUUUCCUUACACUUAUCAAUCAGGAAUAAAACCCACAACUAGAGGAAAGCACAAAGAAAGAAGAUGUGGAAAGUUCAAGGCAGCAGCAGACUACCUUCACUGAGGAACUGCCUCAGAAGCUGCAGUUUCAACUUUCAAAGAGUCUCUGCCUGCGUCUGGGUUGCCUGACCUGGCUUCCUGUCUAAACCACAGGCUAAGGGCCCCAGACAAUGGUUUCCUUAGGAACAAUAAACCAGUUUUUCUAGAACUGGUCCUUGGCUUGGGAUGACAACAUAGGAGCUGUGGGGGACUGAAGAAGGUAUUACUGCUUGACUUUGGCCAAGAGAGAGUAAGAGCUUUGGUGUCUAGAAGCUGGGCAGAUAAUGUGAUGGCUCUAGAGGGUGUUUCUACUGUGCUAAAGAGGCAGCCCACCAGAGAGUCUUCAAGCCUAAUGGAAAAUCAGCUUAAAAAGCAACACAUUGUGGGGCCCUCAUCACCUUUUGUGUUUCUCUUACCAUCCAUUAGAAGACAUUCUGCAGGUUACCCAAGGGCUGCAAUGGGCACCAUCCAUACCCAUGGUGCUGUGUCUGUGGUGCAGUGGUAACUGAGUUGCUGCUUGGGAUUGCAGCUGAGGACAGUAGAAAAUGGUUCCCAGGCAGACAGUUCUACCUCUAAGGUCUGUAAAGGCUCCAUUUCCCUGGAAUGAGAGUGCAGGUUAUAAACAUUUGUCCUCAUCAGACUAACAUGACCAGGUUCUGAAGAAAUCCAGUACAGCUCCCCAAACCUUAGUGCCAGCAGAAUGGGCUCAGUUAUGGUCUCCAGCAUGCCUUUCAUGUUUCCACCAUCUUGGCUACAUGUGAGCUAUUCUCCCAGCUAGAAACCUUCCCCUAUAUCCAUGUCCUCCCCACUCUUGGAGAACUUUCCCAGUACUGACCCUUCACUGAGCCUCCUCUGACCACUCUGUCCCACUCUUGCCCCGUCUUCCUCCAAGCCUCAAUGUAAAAAUUGCUCCUUUAUGCUUAUUGUGAACAAUUUUUGUUGAUAAUUCUGUGUGUGUGCGUGUGUAUGUGUGUGCAUGCGCACGCUCAAGCGUGUGUGUGUCUGACCUCAAAAGCACAUUGUGAACAUUGGGGGGCAGGGACCAUGUUACACCUCUCUGUAUACCCCAGAGUAUCUAUGACAGUGCUGAGCACACGAUAGGUGAUCAAUAAACACUUGUU